GACCCAAUACGGCAAGCCACCAUCCUCAGCCUGCUGCCUGGAUUAAACGCGACCUUAGAGCUUGGCAUAAUAUCUUCGUUCGACCAAAUUGUUCGACAAUUAGCUAGUUCAAGACUCAUCUCUCCGAGAGCCCCUUCACUACCAUUUUCUUAGCCGGAUAUAACAGCGGUGACCGAGUGAUGGCCGCUACAACAACAACAACACUGACAAAGGGUGCGAACAUUAUAGGAGGCGACCAGGAGCUCACGAUUAAGAUCUGCGAUAUCAUAAAUGCUGAGGUACUAGCGAAACAGGUCCUUGAGCUGCGUCAGGGAGCGGCGAAGAUCACGAGUAUACAGAUCGAUGUUACAGCAUACUUCCAAGCAGUCGAAGAGCUAGAACAACUAGCUAUCGCCACGGAGGAGAAGCUUAAGCUCUCGGAACCCGGCGAGAACACCAGUGCCGCACCACCAACAAACCCCUCCGUCAUCGAAAUCGAUGAGCUUACCCUCUGCACGCCACUCAUCACCAUCCUCGACUUUGUCAAAUCCCAUAAUGGCGGCCUCAAAUCUUUCACUUGGCCCGCACCGUCUUACACAGGCCAAGCAUUCACACGUCCGCAGUCCUUCUGGACUGCACUGUAUGCUCAUGCACCGACACUAGAGAAGCUGUACCUGGACUUCUUCUGCCACGAAGUCCACACUCUUCAACCAUUCCCUUCCAACACCGUCUUCCCGGCCCUCAAAGAGUUACGGUUGGACACUAGUAGCGCACACGGGGAUGAUGGAAGCACCAUCGACGCGCUCCUGCAUGCGUGCCCAAAUCUCGAGACUCUGCACUUCGAGUGGCCACCAUGCGAUCUCGAAAGCUGUCAGAUCCAGAACAUAACAUGGGGGUGGACGUUCCCCAACCUCGCACAACUGCACGUCUUCGGAUGGAACUUCACGCCCGCCUUAUACACCUCAUUCCUCUUGCGCCAUCCCAGCCUUGUGAGUCUCUCAGAGCGCGUCGACGGCCCAUGUGACCCAUCAAAGGGCGAAGCCAUAGAAACGCGACUCCCUCCAGCAGCUUUGCCAAACCUUAAAUCCUUGAUAAAAGACUUCACCACCACGCAUAGACUAAGCGACUACUUCGACCCCGCAGCAAACCGCCCGCUUACCAAUCUCACCAUCCACCUAUCCACCUUCCAGGGCGUCGAACAGGAUCUAUUUGAGAUUGCCAUGUCGCCAGUUGCCCAGACAACCCUGCUUAGACUAGAGUUCUGCAGCGAUAUGUCGUGUUGGAGAGAACAUGAGGUCUUCUCGUCCAGCAGCGACUCGGACGAGACCGCAUCGGAGCGGCAGGCAAAGCACAUAAAAGCGCAACAAGCCUGGACAGAAAUCGAAAGGAAACGCGCGCCGAACAUUCUAAAGACGGUGCUUCCGAGUUUCGUAAAUCUUGACGAGCUGUGUAUUGAGAUGGACUCUAGCAACGGGACCUGGGACUCGUCCUCCAAUACCCUCAUCUUUCCCGAUGCAAUGCACAUCGGCCACCUAAUCGAUGUUUUCGAAUUGCUACCGAAGUCUUGUGAGAGUAAGCUGAGGCUUUUGCGGAUGAUCGAUUCGCGGGCGAAGCCGCUAGAAGGGUUGGAGGAGUAUUUGGGUGACAUGGCGGAGUGGCUGGAGGAGGGCGAAUCUUUGACGGGGAGUCUGCAGGUGGUGGAGUGGUGUGGGGAGAAGAAGAGUUGUUUUGAUUUGUCGUAGGAUUAAGGGUAGGAGAGGGGAGUAUGAGAGAUAGAAAAGUGGGGAAAGGGGAUAAGGUUUUACGUUUUUUGUUGUUUCUGGAGAGGCAGGUAG